AUGGAUUAAUUACUUGGGAAAAUAUUUUAAUUGAUAGCAAUAGCAGCAUUUCUUUAUGGCACAUUAACAACAUUUGGAUAGCCUUUAUUAAGUGAAUAAUACUAGAUGUUUUUCUUUCCAAGAUGGUUUUUCAAUUGGGCUCCUGGUAUAGUAAUAGGAAGUGUUUUAAUGUUAAUAUUGAUGUAUUUGAAUAAGUAGAGUAACAUGAAAAAGAAAUGA